AUGCUCGCUCCUUCCGUCGAGACGCCAGACUACGACGCAGCUUCCACCUUUUCGGGAGCCGCCUCGCUCUUCUACGAUUCCAGGCCAGGUACGCGGAUUGGCGAUUUUUCACACUCUCGUGUCCGCCCCUCGACAUCUACCAACAUGACUGCGCCUAAGCGACAUGUUAGGCGCUCAUUGUCGAUCUCGAAUAUUCUCCCCAUAAAUGGUCCGCGGAAGCGUGGACAGCACGAUAAGGGUCUAGGCGGCGAAGAAGAGGGUAGCGACGGUUUAGUUGGACUGUAUUCUACGGAUUUGGAUGUCUCCAGGCGAUUUUCAGAGCCUCUUGUUGAUUCUCCCUAUCUACUGUUACCCCGACCGGUGUCGCCUUGUAUGGGCGGGGAAGAGAGAGAUCCGCUUCCCCCCAUACAAUCUCUCUCAGCGCUUGAAUUGGACAUGGAAGCUCUGCCUGCGAUGAACGCUAAUGAUCUUGAUGAUUAUCACCUGGAAACCUUGUCGCCCGUUGAUCCUAGCUAUGAGGCUGACACUGACGGCGAUGAGGAGGAGGAGGAGGAUUCUGAGCCCUUUCCCCAGGGUGGUAGACAUCAUCAGCACAGAUUAUCAGUAAUCAGCGCUUCGGAGAGGGCAUCAACCCUCGUUGGGAGUGAGGACCUGGGCCACUUUGAAGGUGAUGACUUUCAGAGUGAAACGGUCUUUGACUCCGUGAGGACUAGGGUUUCGGAACCAACCCCUGUUCGGUUGGAUGCUAUUUUUCAUCUGCCGCCUCUUGAACCCAGUGAAUACCACUUGCCCAUGGGAUCCACCAAAAGCCCUAUGUCUUCGGACUUUACCCCGACUAAAGGCAACGACGUACCUUCUUCCUCCACUCCCACCAUCCUCACACCACACAUCCAGCGGUCCAGUAUGUCCGACGAUGGUUCCAGUAGUGAUUGGGAUCUUCCUUCGAAGUCUGCUGAUGACCCUGGGGAAUCACGGGCUCCUACUUCCGGUGCACUAAGGCCACUGAGCGGCCUUCAUCUUUCUUCACGUCUUGGUUUGAAUCUCAACAAUGCAAGUAAUACUAGUUUCGGUACAGCAUUAGAGGGGCUAUCUAUUGAUAGCAGCAGCAUUAGAGAGACCUCAAGUAUACUUGAGUGGAGUGAGAGCAUCCCCAACAAUGGUACCCCGCCUAGCCUUUCACGAAGAUCAAAGGCUAUCCAUGCAAAGGAAAGUCUGUUAUCGGGUAAUAGGGUUGGGAGGAGGGUGCCUAGUUUUCAUAUUCGCAGCCAGAGUGUACCCGUUGUCAGCACUGCUCGAACUGUUCCUUCGCCAAGUGAGAACUGGGAUGACGAUUUCUUGGAUGACGACGGUGGGGAUGGGUUUGAGCUUGCGAGAAGGGGGAUGACUAUUCCGCGAGAGAUCGAGGAACGACAGGCAAGCGUUAUUGGGCAUCUUGGGUGUAUCCGGGAGUUUGCUCUGUUGGUUGAGGAUCUCAAACGAUUGCGGGAUAUCGGAAACGCUUCUGGUCUUAGGAAUGGGGCUAAUAAACAUCUUUUGGAGGAGGCUGAUGGGAUCAUUGCAUUGGCUACUCUUGAUGACGAGGACACUCUUCCUUCUGUUCAACCCGAUAGGAGCCAAAACCGUUCUAGCUGGCAUACACCUUCCAGACAUUCUGAGAUGACCUUUGACGAUGAUUUCAAGUCUACCCCACGUAAUAGAAGGCGCUCGUCUAUCCUGUUACCGGACGAUGAUGUAUUCGGUGGUGGCAACCUACCUACCACCCCUUCCUCAUUCCCUCACCUGAUGCAUGGGUUCCGCAGUCCUUCUGCCUCUUCCUCGCCUUCGCCGUUAUCCAAGAAGUCUAUCGAUAAGAACGAUCCUGUGGAGGUUGCUAAAGGGAUCAUGGAACGGAUGCAGCUGCAGCAUUGGCAAACGUCGGAUCAUCCCAUUGGGUCGGGAAAGUCGAAAGGUACUUGGAAUGGGGGAAAGGUGCAAUUCGAUACGGAUAUGCUGAGGGAAUUGGUUGUUCAUGUUGGGGGGUUGAAAAGGAAUCUGGCGGAGCUUGUGGAUUGUCUGGAUUCGCCUUCACUUAAGAAACAUCCUCACUACAUCGCUACCUCCGACGUUGUUGAGUCACCUACUGCCUUGGAAGCCGGCGAAUAUGGACUCGAGAUUAGUCCUGGCAUGGGUCCUUUUGAUCAGGAGAGCUAUGGGAAUGGGCUGGAGAAGGUUAGAUCCAACAACGGGGUCGAUUUUAGGCCCAUUGUCGGUGUCGUUUAA